CAACGUUCUCCACAACUGCGAGAUCAGUCAGAAGAGUGAUUUGAACAUCAUGAUAAAAGUCUGAUCAACUCCAGCAUUGCUCGUUCAUAUUCCAAAUUCCAACAAGAAUAACGACGUGUUUGGACUACUGAAUGGCAUAAAAUUGAUCAAACUGCAAAGUUUUUACGGAAUCUGCAAACAUUCCCUGGACGUGUAGAUGGAUAGCAACUUGGACAAACUGCCUUGCCUACCUGACGGGGAGAGUUUUCACGAUAGCCUUUAUUGCGAGAAGUGCCAGUGUUUCCUGUGUGAGCCGUGUUGGCCGCAUGCAGUGUUCGUUCAGGAUGGAUACAGUCUUCCGCUGGCUGUCGCCAGCUUGCCAGAUAUCUUGGCGUUUCACAACGACAAUCCACUGCAAAAUGUCGGCCUGUCUCCGGAGAACAGCGCAAGUACAUUCCCGUUGGUCAUUGCCCGUACGACCAUCCUUGCGCAGACGGUGUUCGGGCCGUUUAUCGCGCCUGUAUGCGAUGCCGGUGCAGCGCAUUCGCGGACAUUGCAUCGGCCGACGGACAGUGUGUGACGUUCGCUGUGGGUAAUGAUCGUUGGUGCAACUGGAUGAAGUUGGUCAGGACGGUUGACCACGGCCAACACAACCUCCGCGUCUUCAUCCGGGAACAGAAGGUGUUCUUCGUCGCCGUUAAGGUCAUUCUUCCGGGAGAAGAACUCACAUUGGCACUGCCUCAAACUGACCGGAAGGAAAUCAUCGACGAGCAUGUGAAUUACGUAGCAGUGCCUAUGGAUUGUGUGAGCAUCGCUGACGUGAUGGAUAAUGGCCGCACUAUAAAACGCGAGCACGAUGCGAACGAAAGGCCGGUGGAAAUUACGCUGAGUGUGCCUGCUUCCUGUUUCUCCCCGGCCGUACAACCUGUGGUGCAGUACGAUCCGCUUGAUCUUCUACCACAAUCCCAGCCGCAACUCCUUGAACAAAAUCAACAACCGGCAUCUGCGCCACAGUCCUCGUUGCCCGUUGAACCAAUUGCAAGUCAACUGCAGCAGCUCCUAGCGGCACCGGAGCCGACGUUGCGGACUUUCCAGCGAGAAGAUUCUCCUGAAUAUCCAUUCUCUUCCAACUUCCCUCCUUUUCCACCCACGGUUAUAAUGGCGCAGACAACUGCACUUCCGACGACUGUUAGUUGCGAGGAAAAGGCCGCUGGUGUUGCAUCGCAGUCACGUGUAUAUUUCCUUCGCUCACGUAAGGUGCAACGCGCCAGCUUAGCGUACAAAGCCGUGGAUACUUCCGAUUGCGAAGCCAGUGAUGAGGAUUUCAAGUUAUCUGCGGCUGACUCUUCGUCCUCAUCCGGAUCGGAUUGUUGCAGUGAAUUAGAAACAGAUUCGACAGAAACGGAGGAACACCAUGCCAAAGGGCGACGCUUGCGGAUUCAUACAACAAACGAAACGAACGGAGGAGCUGGAAAAAGAGGCAGGAAACGAAGGACGGACGGCGCCACACCGAAAAUGAUACGAAUCAAGAGAUUUUCAGCAUUAAGGUCAAUGAAAACGCAGAAAACUACAUUCAGUGCUAGUUUUCGGGAAGCCAGAGAGCAGCAGCUGAAGGCCGUGAUUGCGGCGAAUCCCUUCCAGUAUUCCGCCGGAGAGCAGCGUUUGCAAGCGUAUUCCACCGCUGCGGCCAUGCUGCCGGCCGACGUGGUAUCGCAUAAGAAGCUGCCGAUCGAUGGACGCAUGCUGCAAAUGAUAACGGAAAGCCGGUUGCGUCAGUUCACAGAAGCCGAAAGCAGUGAUCGGAUCGUUAAAAUGUCUGCAGAAUACGUUGCCCUGAUGAAACAACUUGUUGAAUUACGCGGAGGCUUGAGAAAUGACGAAAGAAUACGAAAACUGAAGGUGGUCGUUAAAGCUAAUCCGUACCAGUAUUCCUCAGCUAGUGAGCGUCGUGCAGCGUGGAGAGCGGCAUGGCAGUCGUAUCUGGACGAGGAGGACUGCUCUCAGGAGGCCGGGAAGUCGCAUUCUGACCACUUCUCGAAAUACGUGCAGAAUCACUUGGACGACUAUCCCAAACUGCUGGAUAGCUACGAUGACGCUUCCGCCGACGACAACCAGCGCGAAUAUAUGCAGCUCAUGCGAGAGAUUGCGAAAAUGGCGGGAAAGAAUUGUGGUGAUGAUUUGGAUGGCGUGACUAAGCAAAAACCCGUGAAUGCAGCUGGUGCAAAGAAAAAAACCACCCCGCUCAUCAGACCGCAUCCUACUAAGAAGGGCUACCAACACGAUAGAUUUUUCCCCAGCUACACGUACCGUUUCGUGUGUUGGGAGUGUUCGUUGCAUUUCCAGGACGAGAAUUUACUGAAAUUGCACAAGUUGCAGCACACUGAUUCAGCCAGUGAAACUGCCGGCUCGCGGGAUUGUCCAGUGUGUGACGAAUCGUUCAGCAAGCUGCCGAAUUUAUUCAGGCAUAUCCUGGAUCACGGAGUUCCCGCCGCGCAGAUCACGCAUUUUAUCGCGACGGCUGACCCCAGUAUCAUGUGCUUCGCGGGUCCAACGGCCGCUCCCAUGGAUGUGCUGCCACAAAGCCACGACACACACGACGUGUGCUUCAUGUACAGUUGCGGAGUGAAGUACUGCGGGCUGCGAUUCUGCACGGAGACAUUGUGCGAUCUGCACCAACUCGGUCACAACGUGCCGGAUGACUAUCAGGGCGAUGUUGUCUGCGUUGCAUGCAACUUCCGCGCAGAGAAUGCGAGGGAGUUGCUAAAACACGUCGGGCGGCAUGGAGCGAAACUGAACGAUCGGAAAUUGUGCCGUGUGGGUGGAGAAUUUAUGGAGCACAUGGUGGAGCAUGUCCAGAAUAUGCACAAGGACCAAUAUCUUAAGUACGAAGCGUGCUUAACGCUUUCCUGUGAUCAGUGCGAGAAACGGUUUCGGACGCCGGAACAUAUCGCCACCCAUAAAAGCAUGACACACAACAGAAAAGGCGCGCGGUGCCUGGUUUGCGGCACACCCUUCGCAUCAUAUCACGGUUUGGUGGUUCACAUAAAAAAGGAGCACAAGGCGGGCAGCGAUUUCACCUGCUUCACCUGCCAGAAAAGCUACCGGACAUAUACGCAGUUGUCUAACCAUGCGAGGAGCCACGGACAGAUCCUCAUUUGUGAUGUGUGCGGAGCAGUGUGUCCUAAUCGGAAGCGUUUGGCUUAUCAUCAAUUAACCCACCAAGCUGACUAUUCCUUCAAGUGUGAUUUGUGCGGGAAGACGUUCAAGCGACAUUGCAACCUGAAUCAGCAUAAAGUCGUCGUGCACACGGAUAAAGUGCGGAAGAAGCGCAAAGCCCAGCGAGAGGAAAUGCGCCGGAAGGGAGUGGUCAGCGAGUACAAAUGCCCGCGACGGAGGAUGCUCUACGAAGAGUUUCCGUAUAAAUGCGAGGAAUGCCGGCUCGGUUGGAUGCUGCUGGGCAAUCUACAGCAGCAUCAGCGGAAGAAACAUUCCCACAGUGACGCCACUGUACAAAGAAGUACUACGCAGUACUGUUCUUGCAGCAGCUAAAUCGGCCGAGAAUGAUAACGAUGUCAAGCUGCCGGAGUAUUAAUUGCCAUUGGUAUAAUUCUUCCGGAUAUUACAUUGGUUUUGAAGCUUCACUUGUCUCCAGACUGCAAUUUAUAUAAAUAUUGUACAUAUAUAUCUAGAUCUUUCUCACUUUCUGCAUAAUAUAAUAAUUUUUCUUUCGGAUUGU